AUGAGCUCCUUCCUCGAGUACCCCGUCCUCGGCGGCGAGGCGGGGGGCUGCGCCGCCCGCGCCUACCACCCCGACCACGGGAUUACAACUUUCCAGCCCUGCGCCGUCAGCGCCGGCAGCUGCAGCGGGGAGGACCGCUUCCUCGUGGGCCGCGGGGUGCAGAUCAGCCCCCACCGCCACCCUCCCCACCCCCCGGCCCAGCCCGCCGCCUACCAGCCCCACGGCAGCCUGGGGGUCUCCUACUCGCACGCCGGCUGCGGCCCGACGUACGGUGCGCAGGGCUUCGGCACGGCGUACAGCCCCUACCCCCUGGGGCAGGACGCGGAGCUCGGCGCGGGCUUCCCCCCCUGCGCGCCCGCGGUGUACUCGGGGAGCCUCUCCGCCUCCGCCGCCGCGCAGCACCCGCACCAGGGCUACGCGGGGGGGCCCGCUCAGUACGUGCACCCCCCCUACGGACAGGAGCAGCAGAGCCUGCCGCUGGGCACCUAUAACCAUGCCCUGUCUCCUCUCCACGCCAGCCACCAGGAAAACGCCCGCUCCCCGUCGGCGGAGACCUCGCCGCCCGCGCAGACCUUUGACUGGAUGAAAGUGAAGAGAAACCCACCCAAAACAGGAAAGGCUGGCGAGUACGGCUUCGUAGGGCAGCCCAACACAGUCAGAACUAAUUUCACCACCAAGCAGCUCACAGAACUGGAGAAAGAGUUUCAUUUCAACAAGUACCUGACCAGGGCCAGGAGAGUGGAGAUUGCAGCCUCCCUGCAACUCAACGAGACGCAGGUCAAGAUCUGGUUCCAGAACCGCAGGAUGAAGCAGAAGAAAAGAGAGAAGGAGGGACUGCUACCCAUCUCCCCUACCACCCCCACGGGCUGUGAGGAGAAAGCGGAAGAGUCAUCAGAGAAGUCCUGCUCGUCGCCCUGCACUGCCUCGCCAGCCUCCUCUACCUCAGACACUCUUGCUACCUCAAACUGA